AUGGCAUGGCUCGCCUCCGUACAGCAUCCCGUACAGCAUACCGGGAUGCAGAUGGCCGUAGCCCGUAGGAUUCUAGAACUCAGGCUUGCGAAGGCGCAUCACGUGGAUGCACGUGUGCGCGAUGGGCACUUAGCGUCUGUUCUGCAUCGCAUCAUGCACAGUACUUCUUCCACCCUCGAACAAUCCUCCGACCGAGACUUCGUCACUUCGAGUGGGAGACAAGCGGCCUUCCGCCCGUUGGCCGAAGGAUCGGACUCCGCCAUGAUUUGUUGCGCCGAUCAGGACGGGAAGAUUGAAUGUGAACAUUGGGAAAAUGAAAUGUCGAACUCAGUUUGUUCCCACUCCCUUGAUCAUGUCGGCGACUCGGCGUCUCGCUCAUCUGGGAUUCCCCUCGAAGUCUCCGAUUAG